AUUAUUGAAAACGUAGUUAGAAGUUGUAUUUCAAGAGAUGACAUCGUCUGUAUUUAUGAACAUUGCGUGAAUAAUGUCGUCUCCUCGUCCAAAAUCUCCGCGACCUCCAAUUUCUGCGAGAAAAGAUGAAAAAGAAGAAAGUUUUUGGGAUAAAAUUGGUACUUUGGGCCGAAAAAAGCGUAUUAAAGAAGUUCAAGAAGUACAAGAAGAAGGAAAAUAUGCAAUUGAUUCACCAGGAUUUGCAGCUAAUCCUGAAAUGCCACCAGAAGAAUAUGCUUUAGAUGAAAAUGAAGAACGUUCAAUGAUAGAGCCUAGAUCUUUAGAAGAUUCUAAACUCAAAGAAUUAAUAUUUGUUUUAAUUGAAUGGAUUAAUGAUGAAUUAGCUGAUCAACGAAUUAUUGUAAAAGAUAUUGCUGAAGACUUAUAUGAUGGACAGGUACUACAAAAAUUAUUAGAAAAAUUAACAGGAGAGAAAUUAGAUGUACCUGAAGUAACUCAAUCUGAAGAAGGUCAGAAACAAAAAUUAGCAGUUGUUUUGUCUACUGCUAAUCGAGUAUUAGGUCGUUAUCCUCCUUAUAAAUGGCAUGUAGAAUCUGUUCAUUCAAAAAAUAUUGUUGCCAUUUUACAUUUAUUGGUUGGCUUAGCAAGACAAUUUCGAGCACCAGUUAGAUUGCCAGAAAGAGUAGCUAUUCAAGUUGUAAUUGUGCGCAAAAAGGAUGGUCAAUUAACACAUAAUACAAUUAGAGAAGAAAUUACAUCAACUUAUGAUGAUUUGGGAAUGCGUUGUGAACGAGAUGCUUUUGAUAGUCUUUUUGAUCAUCCAGCUGAUAAAUUAGCUGUGGUUAAAAAAUCAUUAGUUUCUUUUGUCAACAAACAUUUGAGUAAAGUUCAUUUGGAAGUAACAGAUUUGGAUACACAAUUUCAUGAUGGUGUUUUUUUAACACUUCUACUUGGACUACUUGAAGGCUUUUUUGUACCUUUAGGUAGUUUUCAUUUAACACCUAAAACUCAUGAUCAGAAAGUACAUAAUGUUUCAUUUGCAUUUGACAUUAUGCAAGAUAUUGGCCUACCAAAACCUAAAGCACGUCCAGAAGAUAUUGUAAAUUUAGAUCUCAAAUCAACUCUACGAGUAUUAUAUAAUUUAUUUACAAAAUAUAAAAGCAUGAAUUAAAAAAUAUUAAAUAAUUUAAAACUAAACAAACAUAAUGAAACUGAAUAAAUUAAUAAUAAUUAAUUAAGAUUAUUAAUA